AGCAGAACAGAGGUCUCGUUAGUGUGCGGACCGCCAAAAGCGUCGCAGUGAACAUGAGCGCGAAGUCAGAGACCGGUGAUCAUCUCGACGAGAUCUAUGACUGGAUCGAUCAAAUCAAGUUUUCUCGACCCAAAAGAAACAUAGCUAGAGAUUUUUCCGAUGGAGUGUUGAUGGCAGAGCUGUUGAAGCGCUAUUAUCCUAAGCACGUAGACGUGCACAAUUAUGUCGCCGGCAAUAGCAUCGCGAAGAAGGCCGACAACUGGAGCACGCUAAAUCGCAAGGUGCUGUCGAAGAUUGACAUGAGACUGGGGAAAGAGACGAUUAAUCAGCUGGCGAGUUCUCAGCCGGGCGUUAUCGAGAAAGUCCUUUCUGAUUUACGUGCCAAGAUCCUGAAGGACUCCAAUGCCGACAAGGAAUCUCUAUACGGUCAAGAGGAUAAUAAAGAAGUAAAAUCUGUGCUAAAUCCUGAGGAGGUAGCGAACAAGACCGUUCCCAGGCACAUCUUCACUCGCCUGAAGCAGGAGCUGCAGGAGAAAAAGGAUAUGAUCUCCGUGCUGCAACAGAGAAUCUCACAUUUGGAAAAUAUAAUGAAACUAAAGGAUCAACGAAUUGAUGAUCUGACGGCGCAAAUUAUAAGGUCGUCUAUCGAGCGAGACAUCACUACCACGCGUCCUCACAUUAUCGGCAGUGGAAUUUCAAAGUUUUCCACCAAGCUGGCAUAAUAAAUCUUAUCGAAAAACGAGUAGCUCUUUAAUUGUAUAUCAGUUUUUGUGUAACGCAGUAUAGCUUGUUCAUUUUUUUUAUACCAUGUAUCAUGUAUAAAAGAAUACAUUUUUUUAUUAUC